AUGCAGUCUAAUCCUACAAAUUUCAAAGAGUUUUCAUCUUAUCUUCGCUCCUCCUCUCUCCAUCUGGAUAUCCUUUGCUUGCAAGAGGUAUCUCAUUUCCGCUCUCAAUCUACUCUCACUGAAUCUCAAGUCCGUUCCUUUUCUUUUGCUUUUCCUAAUUGUUCUCUCGUUGUGUCCAAGCACUGUGCUAUUAUAUGUCUCAAUUCUCGUUAUUCUUUGGUGGAUACGGAGGUAUUGUUGGAUGAACGUUGUCUUGUUGCAUCUGUCGUAGAUGCCUCAAGCAAUGUUUUGUGCAAAGUGGCCAACAUCUAUGGUCCCGCGCAGUCUUCUGACCGUCCUUCAUUUAUCUCUGAUUUUCUCUCUCUUUCUGUUUGGUCUGAUGUGUUCAACACACCUUGGAUGGUUAUGGGUGAUUUCAACAUUCACUUGCACUCUUUGUCUACUUCUCGUCAAGCCGAUGUCGCUCCUUUUGUUCACUGGUUGCGUACUCACUUUGUCAAUUGUCAUCCGGAUGGUUUAGCCACGUUUCCAAAGAGCAAUACUUGUAUUGAUUACAUCUUUGGUCACUCUUCUCUUGCUCCUCGUUUGACUAAUAGUCAGUUACUAUAUAUGCCUAGUAGGUGGACGGAUCACUCUCUUUUGACUGUUGAAAUGUUACCUGCGACAGCUAGUAUUGGUCCUGGUAGUUGGCGGUUCAAUCCAACUCUGCUUGAUGAUAAGGAAUUUGUUGCGUUGUUGAAUGCCACGGUGUCAUUGUUCUUCUCUGGUGCUGUUGGUGGUGGGUCUAAGGGUGUCAAUACUAGUCAAGGUAGUAGUGGUGACUCUGAAAGCACGGUGGCUAGAUGGGAAUCCUUCAAGUUGUUACUAAAGUGCUGUGCACAAAAGUACACUAGAAGCAUGAAAGCACGAUUCAAGAACAAAGUUUUUACGCUUCAACUGGAACGUAUUAGGGCUCUGUCAACGUCUGUAUCAGGUGUUGAGACUAGGAAUGCUAUUGAUCCAACUGACAGAGUGUCUACUGCUUCAGGUGAUGCUGAGCAGGUCAGGCAACUGGAAGUUUUGAUUGAGAAUCAGAUACAGAAAGAGACUAGUCAGAAUAUGCUUCGCUCUGCCACUCGUUGGUUAGAACAGGGAGAACGUAGCAACAAGUAUUUCUAUCGUUCGAUCAAGGUGCGAGAGUCUCAACAGACAAUUCAAUCCUUAAAGUGCUCUACUACUGGGGAUAUCUUGGUGGAAGCAGCAGCUAUCAACCACUACCGCGAAAAACUUAGCGGAAAUGCUCUAAAAUAG